CUGGCCCUGCCAGUGGCCUACAGAAGUUCCUGGGCCAGGAAUUGAACCCCCACCAGAGCAGUAUGUCCCUGCUGCUGCAGUGGCAGUGCCAGAUCCUUAACUCACUGAGCCACAAGAGAACUCCAGAAUUUUCUUCUUUGAAUGUUGAAAGAAUGUAAUCGUUUAACGCUGCUGCCAUAUCUUUAUAGUCAAAGCAAAUUUCAAGGUUUUAUUAGCUAGAAAUUUGUGGGAGAGGACUAGUUUGUGCCUGAAAUUUGAGGUUAGUAAAAUUAGAGUGUUAAUAUAACCUGGUAACAAUAGGGGAAAGACAUUAUAAUAAGCACACUUGCUUAUAUAUUGUAGGCAUGAAGAAUUUCAUCAAAUCAAAUAACUGAUGGCUUUUGAGGUUCUUCUUGGAGUUUUUCACAAGUCUUGUGAAUUUGUAUGUAGGGAUAAUUUAGGUUUAAACUUUGGCCCGAAAAAAUGGUAUUCUUUAGUCUCAAUGCCAUUCCUACAUCUAUUCUGUUAAUAAAAAUAUUACUAGAAAUUAGAAAAUAUUAAUUAAAAAUUUUUUAAAAUGUUACUACUAAAAAGUAAUAAAUUAUUUUAAAAUUUACUGCUAGAAUUAAAAAAUAAAUAAACUUUCAUUAUUAACCAGUUUCUUUAGGGAGAACAUUCUGGAAUGAAACUGGUUUUGUUGUUUUGGUUAUAAAAAGACAUAAAAGAUGUGUCUUGAAAUCUUACCUUUUUAACUUUUAUAAAAAAACAAGGAACCAAAUAUUGCUGCAAAACUUUGCAAUUGCAGAGAACAUUUGAAUGAAAGUAGAUCCUCGUUUGUGGAAUGUAUGAUUAUUUUAGGACUUCAGAGAGCCAUGGUUAUGUUCAACCUGAUCUACAGUUAUUUCUUUUUAACCAUCCCCUUCUAUCUGUUUGGUGAUCUGUAUCCCUGGUGUACUUUGGGAGGGAGUAAAUAAAUGAGAAAGAAUAAAAAUGGGUGAUAAAAUCUGUGAAAGUUUGGCUGCUUUUUUAAAAGUGAGAGUUCAUUUCAUUUUUGUGUAAUCUAAUUUUAUCAUCUCAGUAACAAAUUUACUUUCCACCUCAAGUUAUGAAAGAAUGUAUCAUUGGAAAAUAGGGGAAGAUUAUUUAUUGUGAAAUGUAGUGCAAGUUUUGAAAGAAACAGUUUUCCUAUUCUCUUUGAGCCCAUAGAGUAAUCUCAGCUAACAUCUGUUAUGGCAGCAUUUCCAACUUUUUUGAGAACUUCUGAUAUAAUGAGGUAUAAUAAAUGUCCUCCUAAAAAAACUCUGUGGUCAGAUAUAAGUUUGGGAAAUUUAUUUAGUCUAAAUAAUUGAAGUGUGUUUUGCUACUUGAUUUUAUACUUUAUGUAUUAAAAUGUAAAAUGAAUUUCUAAGACAAGGGUGUAGUAUGACUAUCUUCUGACUUAUUUGUUCAGACUCUAUUUUCAGGAAAUUUUAAUGGAUUAUAAAUUCUUGAGAAUUGCUACCUGUAAGAAUCUUCUUGUUUUACUUGGUAACAGAUAUUUUAUAAUGUAUUUGUCACAGGGGCUUAGAAGAUUGGUUUUUUGGCAUUCCUCAGAGAUGCUUCAGGUCUGCCAGGGGAGAACUGGGGAGGGGACCCUGGAUCCCACUUGUGCAGCAACCAGAGCUGUGCUUUGCUUUUUUAUGUGUUUUAUAUGUUGGAAUUCUGCUUAAGAUUUCACUUAAAGUGUUGGAAAAUCAUUAUUUUUUAAGACUGUAAGGGCAUUUACCUUAGUAAACCCAACUUUUGAAUUGUAUCAUAAAAAUUUCCCUAUGUUGGGGUUAAAACAUCUAUUAAAGGUUCGUUUUAAUGUGAUGUUUAAAUGGAAGGUUUUAUGCUUUAUAUUACUUUAAUUGUUUAACUGGGUGACGUUUGAAUCCGUGUAUACAUGUGCUAUUUAAAGAGAAGCCUUAAAGUUUCUUACCGGCAAGACUGUAUUUUACCUCAGUCUCCUUGCCAGUACUAACAAAUAGGUUUUCAGAAAUUAGCUUUUUAUAAUACUGAAAAUAAUUAUCUGUAACCAGGAUACGUAUUUACCUUUUAAAAGAGUACUAACACUAUAGAAUAUUAAAAGCUAGGUUUAUUGGAGAGCAGAAUUGAAAAAUUAUCUGAAAUCUUAAAGGUAAGUUGUUUAAGAAUUUAAAUUUAUUGUAAUUAUCUAGCUAAAACAAUUUUUUAAAAACUGACCUUUUUUUUUUUUUUUUGGCUUUAGGACCACACCCACAGUGUAUGGAGGUUCCCAGGCUAGGUGUCAAAUCAGAGCUGUAGCUGCCAGUCUACACCACACCCACUCUAAACUCCUUAACCCACUGAGCAAGGCCAGCAAUCAAACCUUCGUCCUUAUUGAUGGUAGUCAGAUUCUUGUUUCCCCUGAGCCAUGAACUCCCUACAAAUUGACCUUUUAAAGCAGAUUGGUGAAAACUGGAUUUAUUGAAUAACAGCUAUCCACCAAUGUCAGAUCCGUACAUGCCUAGUUACUAUGCUCCAUCGAUUGGAUUUCCAUAUUCUCUUGGGGAAGCAGCAUGGUCCACGGCUGGAGACCAACCUAUGCCAUACCUGACAACCUAUGGACAAAUGAGUAAUGGAGAGCAUCAUUAUAUACCAGAUGGUGUGUUUAGUCAGCCUGGGGCAUUAGGAAAUACCCCUCCAUUUCUUGGUCAACAUGGAUUUAACUUUUUUCCUGGUAAUGCUGAUUUCUCUACAUGGGGGACAAGUGGAUCUCAGGGACAAUCAACACAAAGUUCUGCUUAUAGUAGCAGUUACGGCUAUCCACCUAGUUCUCUUGGGAGAGCUAUUACUGAUGGACAGGCUGGAUUUGGCAAUGAUACUUUGAGUAAGGUGCCUGGCAUUAGCAGUAUUGAGCAAGGCAUGACUGGACUGAAAAUUGGUGGUGACCUGACAGCUGCAGUGACAAAAACUGUAGGAACAGCUUUGAGCAGCAGUGGUAUGACUAGCAUUGCAACCAAUAGUGUGCCCCCAGUUAGCAGUGCAGCGCCUAAACCGACCUCCUGGGCUGCCAUUGCCAGAAAGCCUGCCAAACCUCAACCGAAACUUAAACCCAAGGGCAAUGUGGGAAUUGGGGGUUCUGCUGUGCCACCACCUCCUAUAAAACACAACAUGAAUAUUGGAACUUGGGAUGAAAAGGGGUCAGUGGUAAAGGCUCCACCAACCCAACCAGUUCUGCCUCCUCAAACUAUAAUCCAGCAGCCUCAGCCAUUAAUUCAGCCACCACCAUUGGUGCAAAGCCAACUGCCUCAACAGCAGCCUCAGCCACCACAACCACAGCAGCAACAAGGACCUCAGCCCCAGGCCCAGCCUCAUCAAGUGCAGCCUCAACAGCAGCAGCUGCAGAAUCGCUGGGUAGCUCCUCGGAACAGGGGGGCUGGCUUCAACCAGAACAAUGGAGCGGGCGGUGAAAACUUUGGUUUAGGUGUUGUUCCUGUCAGCGCUUCGCCUUCAAGUGUAGAAGUGCAUCCAGUGCUGGAAAAGCUAAAGGCCAUAAACAACUAUAAUCCCAAAGACUUUGACUGGAACCUGAAGAACGGACGUGUGUUUAUAAUCAAAAGCUAUUCUGAGGAUGACAUACACCGUUCCAUUAAGUACUCUAUCUGGUGUAGUACUGAGCAUGGUAAUAAGCGUUUGGAUGCAGCUUACCGUUCCCUGAAUGGGAAAGGCCCACUCUAUUUGCUCUUCAGUGUGAAUGGCAGUGGACAUUUUUGUGGAGUGGCUGAGAUGAAGUCUGUUGUGGACUAUAAUGCAUAUGCUGGUGUCUGGUCUCAGGAUAAGUGGAAGGGCAAAUUUGAAGUUAAAUGGAUCUUUGUCAAAGAUGUUCCCAAUAACCAAUUGCGGCAUAUUCGCUUAGAAAAUAAUGACAACAAACCAGUUACCAAUUCAAGGGACACUCAAGAGGUACCCCUAGAAAAAGCUAAGCAAGUGCUUAAAAUAAUUGCUACUUUCAAGCAUACCACCUCAAUCUUUGAUGACUUUGCACAUUAUGAAAAGCGUCAAGAAGAGGAGGAAGCCAUGCGUAGGGAGAGAAAUAGAAACAAACAAUAACCAUGUGAAGAUGUCCUGUUAGAAUCACAACACUAAUGAUGUAGACUCUGGAAAUGCCUAAUAAGUCAAAGAAGACGUUAUUACAGCUUUUUUCUGCUUAAGGUGACAUCUUUGAACUCUAACACAGAUUGACUCUUCUUGUAAUGGUUUUCAUCAGCGCAUCUGCCCUUAUACUUUCACCAAACACACUUGAGAACUGUAACUUCGUCAAGCACUUUUCUGUCCUGAAGCUUUGACCAGUAUCUGCUGUCUUUUGUAAUGAUGCAUCCUAGCUAAGGCACAGAAGACUGAAUGAAUGCAAGGAUUCAUUAACUCUUUGAAUUUGUUAAAUACUAACAGUUAACCAUUAGAAGUGGUUCAAUGAUGUAAGAGUCACACUGCUUCAACUUUUUCUUUGUUGUAGUUUUUAAAUUGUCAAUUUUUAGCUAUUUGACAGAUUAAAAGCAAAAUAAUCAUGCCAUAUUUAGUCCUGGAGUUCAAGUCUAAAUGUUUAUGUGAAAAUUAUUGUAGUAAACUUUUAAUAUGGCAAAGCAACCUUAAGCUCUAUUUUAGCCAAAUGAAACAUAAUCUGAGAUUAUAUUAGAACAUUUCCCUUGUCUUCAAACUGUUUGGUGUAACAGAAUAUUGAUAUGCAGCUUGGUGAAUUUCACCAGUUAAUGCACAUUCUUCUCCCCUCCUUCCCCCAAUAAUAUGUAUACUGAAAAAUGUGCAUUUGUCUGAGGAAUUAUUUUGUUUGCUACCACUUACUGAAUCUCAAAAUUUUGAGUAAAUGUACCUCAGUCUAAUCAGACUUUUUAUGACCUUUAUAACUACAUUUAAAACCCUUAAUUCCUAUUUCUGGGUGUUUGCGAGCCUGAUUGCUAUCAUGAAGUAAAAAUUUAUUACUCUAGGUAUUCACUAGCUAAAUAAACAUAGUUCUUGUUUAGCAAGCAUAUAUUGUUCCUCAACUCUUUUCUCCGGCUUUUGCAGUGUCCUGGCAUCUUUAAAAUAUUUGAAAAUAUGGCCUUGAUCCAUGGAUUAAAUCAGUAUCUAAGUGAAUGUGUUGAUGUUUUAUUGAUCAGAUCUAUAUAAAUGGGAAUACAGCAUAUAUCUGGGUAUUCUUAUAGUUAUCUUUUUAACAUCUUAUUUUUUUCAUUAAUUACAUAUCAACAUUAAUUUUGUAUCUUGAAACAAAUUGAUUUUGUAUAAUUGUGUCAAGCACCUGUAUUAAUUGAUUUGAUGGCAUAAGGUUAUGAAAUAAUGUACUGCCCCUUAUAUUACUGUUCCAAAAGGAGAAACCUCUGUAGAAAGACAUGUUAAGGGUGAAAAUAGCAAUACUGUAGAUUUGAAUACCUUGAUGUUUCUUGCAUUACUCCAUUUAUGUUUACAUCAUGUUUAGAAAAGUUUUCAUUUACUACAGCCUUUGGUCACUUCUGUUCAAAAAUUUAGUGACAGAUAUUUCUUUGAGGCUUUCAUUUAUAUGAUUUUUCUUUGUACAAUGUUUUCUUAAAAUGUACAAAUACUGUAAUCAAAAUGGGGGGAAAAAGUACAGUAUUUGUAGAUAAAUUGUAGCUACUUCCCAGUUAUUUGGUAGUCCCAGUAUAGUUAUAUCAGUGUUUACUGAAGGGAACAUUAAAAUAUUAAUGCUAUAUUAUAAAGACUUUCUUAAAGGAAAAUUGCACCUAUUUUACCUUUUUAAGAGUAAGCCAUGAACUCUUGUAACUUCUCUUAACUAUUUAUAAUGAAAGUUGGCAUUUGGGUAUAGUCACCACAGCACUGUUCUACAUCCCUGAGAUUGUAGAGGUAGGACAUGUCACUCUGGAUUCCCACUGGAGAAAACUGUAAAGGGGUGACCUUGUAGAAAGGGUCUGAGUCCUCUCUCGGAGGGUCUCUUUUUCUUGGUGCUUUAUUAGCAACUCUGAAUAUUUUUAUAAAACUAGUUACAUUAUAAAAGGAUUGCAACUUGUUUAAUUUACAUUAGGUUUCUGUGUAAGAAAUGUCUCGGAAACACUCAGCGAGCAGGCUGAUUGCCGUAGCUGACUCAGGAGUGUCAGACGUAACUCAGUAUCUACUCAUGGUGAGGAGUUCAUCCCAGUGCCUUGAACCGGGAUUUCUAAUAGUAGGUGAAAUGGGUGCAGCCUUCCUUUGGGAAAAACAAACUGUCUUUUCAAUUGGUACAUUUUUUCCCCUCAUUUACGUUUUCUUUAGGGUACCUACUUUCUCUUCCUCCUUGGUCUGUCAGUUUAUGGCACGUUGUUUUUCCUCUAAGUGCACAGAUCACAGGUUGUCUCAGUCGCACAGCUAAUGGAGGUUUCUUAACUGUAGGGACCAAAAGGGAGAGAAACUGGGCUCCACAGAGGAGACUGAUCAAAAGUGGUGAAUAAUCACAAAUGAAGACAUUUUUGGCCCAGUAAAUUUCUUGCAUAAUGUUUUUCCAAGAUCUGGUUUGAAUGUUUAUUAAAGUUAUCUUAUGUGGGUGUUUUAUUUUGAAAGGUAUUAUAGUUUGUAUAUUUAACAGUAAGGGGGGAAAUGUAACCAAAAUUAGUAUUCUUUCUCUAUACAUAUUGGUACUUGAAGAUUUCUUUCAGAAGAAACCCCAGCCUUUUCCUAAGUUCAGUACUUAAUUCCUCAUUUUAACUUAAGUGAUUUUCCUAAUUCAAAAGCUGUGUUCUUUUUAAAUGCAUGGGGGUUAAGCUGAUGUUAAAACAGUUUGCAAUAAAAAAAAGAAUCAGCUUAAGUCAUUUAAUCAUUUCAAGUGCAUUCUGCAUCGUAUAAAAAUAAGUUUGAGAAAUUUUAAGAGAAUUGUGUUUCAUUAAGUUUUGCAUAUCUUUUGUUAUGCCAUGUAAAUUCCCUUCUUUUUCAUAUGAUUAAAGAAAGGUUAUGAUAAAAUUAUUAGUUCAUUUACAUUCACUUGUAGCAAUGACAUGAGAAUUUGAAUUUUGUCGUGUUUGGGUUUGUUCAUUUCUGUGAAUGAUGGUACAGUUAGGUGAGAUUUUCUGUUAUGGUACCCAAACUCACCAUUUGGUCCUCUUUAAUCUUUGAGGGUUUCAAUAAAAAUUGUUCACUCACA